ACAAAAUAAAAACCCUUUUAGCUCAAUUGGAAAGGGCAGAAACCCUCAGAAACUUCCACGUCCAAACCCUUAAAUCUUAAAUAGAUAUAAUUUUUUAUACCUCCGACCCCCUCUCUCUGUGUCUGAGGAUUUUGCUCUCGCUUCGAUUUGGUCCUAGGUACCAGUUUAGCCCAAGUUGUUGUGACAACAGUUCUGAAGUUUUAGUUUGUUGAUUUGAUUUUUCAAUGGAGGAUGCGGAAAAUGUCCUUCCUCUUUCUAAAAAGAGGGCUGCUGGAAGGGAACUCACUAAAGAUACUGCUGGUCUCGAUGAUGAGGAAGAUGCUCCUGGACAAGAGACUGGGACUUUCAAGAGGGCCAGUGAGGAGGUGCUGUCAACCAGAAGAAUUGUCAGAGUUCGUCGAAAUCAGACCACAUCAGCCCCCUCUUCCAAUCCAUUUGCCGGGAUUAAUUUGGUACCUCCUACAGAGUCCAAUGCAACCUCAACUGUUACCAGUGUAGCGCAGGCUGCUGAUGUGAAGACAGGUUCUGAUGAUGUAGAUGGAAAAGAUGAGGAAAUUGAGCAGCCAGAGAGCAAAAUUGAUGGUGCAGAGAUUGAAUCUUCAGCAGAUAAGGAGAAUGCUGUGGAGAAGGAGAACAUCAAUAUUGGAAUCGAGGCAGCUGGACCUGAUGAACAACCUGCAAAAAAAAAUUCUGAAAAUGAAGAGAAGAAAGAUAUUGAAAGCGAAACCGUGAAUUCAGGUGUGGAAGGUGCCCCUUUGAGUUCAUUCCAACAGCUUUCAAGCAGCAAAAAUGCCUUCACUGGCCUUGCAGGAACUGGAAUUUCCACUUCUACCUUUUCCUUUGGUUCUAUUUCAACAGAUGGAUCAACACUCGGUACUGCUUCUGUGUCUCUUUUUGGAGUGAAAGAUGACAAGCCUUUUGGUCUGGGCCUCUCUACUAAUGGAAGUUCUUCAAUUUUUGGCACUUUGGGCGCUACAACUGUUUCAAGGAGUGAGGGAACUGGUUUUCCAUCAAUGCAGGAGGUUGCAAUUGAGACCGGGGAAGAACAUGAGGAAGUGGUUUUCACUGCCGAUUCAGUGUUGUUCGAAUUUGUCGAUGGAGGUUGGAAGGAACGUGGGAAAGGAGAACUAAAAGUUAAUGUGUCCACAACUGGGACUGAAAGAGCCCGAGUUCUUAUGCGAGCCAGAGGAAAUUACAGGUUAAUUUUGAAUGCUAGUCUUUACCCGGACAUGAAGCUCACAAAUAUGGAGAAGAAAGGCAUCACUUUUGCCUGCAUUAAUAGUGCUAGCGAAGGAAAGGAUGGUCUUUCGACAUUUGCUUUGAAGUUCAAGGACGGCUCCAUAGUGGAGGAGUUUCGAGCUGCUGUUACCGCACAUAAAGGUAAGGUGUCGACAGUUCUGAAGACUCCAGAAAACUCCCCCAAGGCUUCUGAUGAUUGAAAGGUGCUCCCUUGUUGUACACGGGGUGGAAAUCCUCUGUCCCCUUGCAAGAGAAGUUGAUUCAGAAUUCGGAACCCUAGUUCGUCUGUUGCAGAGUUUACAGAGUCUUUUCCUUUUUGUUGUAGUUUAAUUUCAUUGAGGAGAAAUUCUGUUGACGUCAUUUUGGAUAAAUCUUGGUUCAGACUCUGCAUAAUUUGAGCUUGAAAGACAUUGAUGUUGGUCGCAGGUUUAUGUAGUUCCCUAAAUCUGGGAUAUAUAUCGAGUUGUAAUGUCAUAUGUUGGAUAUCUUCUUGCUCCCAAAAAUCAAAAAGUGGAUAACCAUAUUGCCUUGA